AUGUGCCCAACAGGAAUCCACCGUGCUGGCACUUUAGCUGUACUGGAUAUUGUUCUGGAUAGAGUGGAUGCAGAAAAAAAGGUCGGUCUGUCGGAAACGGUGAGCAUAAUACGGAAGCAACGGUACGGCUGUGUGGCAUCUUUCCAACACUACCUACACCUGUUGGAACUCAUCCAGCACUAUAUUGUUUCAUCCGGACUUGUUGAUGUUUCACAAAUCGGCCGGCUAAGUUCCAGCUGA